AUGACACCCACUGAUACAGCUAACGAAGUGCUGGAUACUACGCUGGCGGCCGUGCAAUUGCUGAUCAAGCGGUGCAUGUUGUUGGAGUCUGGUGAUCCAGAGGUCCUCAGAAUCUCGGAUGAGAUUGCCAGAUGCGUGGCGAAAGACUUAAAACUUCAUGGAGGGAAUGCGACAUCCUUUUCCCCGCAGCUACUGUCAUGCGCUGCCGUUGUGCGAGAGUGCUCAAAGGCUGGCACUUUUCAGACAAUGCUGGAUUGGACAUCUGUGAUAGACAAUGAUCUGAGAAUCAAGGGUCACCCGCGGUUCAAGAAAACGCUAAACUACCGCUCUCAUGCAGCAGAUGAGAUUCCCAUUCUUUUGAAAUCUGAACCGGUAACAUCGUCCGGAACUCCUGCGGCCGUCCAUUUUGCACCGCUGGCCAUAGUGCCUCCACCCACCUUGUCUCCUCUUCCCAUAGAUAGGGACUUUGUCAAUAGUCCUUCACAGGCAAUUGCACUGCGGUUGCCUUCUCCCACCUCAAUGGCGCUGGAACCUCUGACCCCGCUUCCUGUGUCCGCAGUUUCUAUCCCCUCCAAAUAUAACCUAUUUGUGCCAGGGACAAAGAACGCGGCGAAGACAGCACCAAAGGCCGGAAACAGGAAGAAGAGGAAGGCAGAAGAUAAUGGCACGGAAGAGGUGAAAUUGGGGAACAUACCGAGUGCUCCAUCUCGGUUAGGCAAGUCGAGUCAGAAGAGGAGCAAGCAUGUAUCGGGUGAUGAGCAGAAUGAGCAUACUGACAUUGCCUCUGUCAUAGAGAAUGUGGCACCGGAACAUUCAGAUUCAACUGAGAUGGCCAAUGAGAGAGGUUUCUGGGAUGCAGAGACCAGGCCCAUUGAAUGGGGUAGGGAUUCUGCUAUCGCCACGGCAGCAGAGUUUUCUGUUCGUCACCACCCACAGAAGUGUGAUAAGUGUAGCAAAUUGGGGGUGGCCUGUCUUGUCCUUCCGGUCACAUGUGCGAUCAACGGAGUUGGUGUCCGGGAGAGAAUGCAAGCGAAAGCCAAGGCCAUGGCAGCCAAGGCAGUUGCCAAUCCUACCAGACACUCCAAGUCGCGUGCUCCGAAGUCCCGAGUUAUUAACAAAACGGUGGUUAAUACCAGGUCCCGGAAGAUGCCCAUGCUGCCCAAUCGGUCAUUGUCUGUAGUUGAGGACAAUAUAGUAGAACAUGAAGAUUUGGCCUUGGCGGGUGAGCCGAAGUACAUGGAUGUCAUGCUGGCUCAAACAGAGGUACUGCCAAUCCCAACAAUGGGCUCAUCCAUGUCCGUUGAGCCCCAAGGACAAUCAGUAGCACUCGUGAAUCCUGCAGAAUGUGAGCUGACUGCAAGGGACAUCCUGCAGAGCAUUCAAGACCUGGGCAGGCGACUUGAUGGUCUCGCUACUAAUGACAGGGUCGAUGAUUUGGAAGAACGACUUGAUUUGGUGGAAGAGGUGGUUGGGCGGCUGUUGGACGUACUGGAGCGAAAACUCAGAUACUCGGAUUCGGAAUGGAAAGCAACAUCGUCAUCACUUGGACAUUUAACCAUGUCCCUUCGGGACCAUAUGGAUGAUCUGACCGCAUACCAUCCUCGGAUCGACACCACUGCGUAUGCUCCCCCUCAUCACGGGAAUGUGCACCUUCCAGCUUGGCUAGCUAAUCAUGACGACGACCUGAACAUCUCUGCCAUUGGUAGACAGUGGACUCACACGUGGGAUGUGUCCGUUUUGAUGGGUGUCCACGGCCAUAUCAGGACUUCUGUAUCUGCUGCACAAAUCACCAAAACUCCGGAUCCUGCAGUUUUGCCGGUUGAUGUGGAUGCAUGCAUUGAGCUCUGCAGUGAACUUUCAACUAUAUCCGAUGGAUAG